UGUUACAAAUGGUAUCAGAGAGGGUUAUCUUAGACCCUGCUGGGCGAUUACCGAGAGAAGAUAAAUUGAAAUUUGAUCGUAAUAUGAUGGCCAAAAGAGGAGCUUGGACCCAACAUAGGUUUCAAAAAUUUAACUUGAGUCUUUCUUUUUUUACCUUUCUUACCUUCGUCAAUUGCGCAACGUCGACCUGUAGCUAAUUUUAAUUUAAGAAAUAAAAAAAUUAGAAGAGUGGUAAGGAAACAUCACUUGGAGCACACAAAUGGGUCAAAAAUGGUUAGACUUAGUAGUAGGUGGCUUCAGCUUGCCUUCUUCCACAACUCUAUCGCCGUCCAAUUAGGAAUAAGAAUAGGAAUAGGUAGAGGCGAAAAUGGUCUGCUCCAAUCUAUGGACGCCUCUCACAGAAGCGGUUUUCUAUUACACAGGGCUGUCUCCGACGGCUUUCUUUACAAUCGCGGCUCUGAUGGCGGUGACAUACAAGGUAGUUUACCACAUGCUCGGCGGCACCGAUGACUACAUGUACGUCAAGAAGGCGGAGGAGGCCGCCCGCCGGAAACCUAUCCAGAUCGGCGACCUGACCGCAGCUGAGCUCUUAGGUUUCAACGGGUCCGACCCGAAAAAGCCCUUGCUCAUGGCUAUCAGAGGACAAAUCUAUGAUGUCUCUAGCUCCAGGUGAAGAUUAAACCUCUUCUAUUCCAUCUAUUCCCAGCUGAAGCUCAAAACAAUACUGAUGAAUUUCUUGAUUUGGGUUAAAACUGUUAUCCAGCCUAAUAUAUUACUCGUUCCCUUUCAUUUAUAAACCAUGCGCAUUAUAAGUUCUUUAUUUCCUUAACUCUCACUGCCAACUGAUGCUCUGCCCCUUCGGUGGACUCUGACGGGCAAGUCGGUCCUCUGCCAAAAGGCCGAAACGAGUGCUCUCUGCCAGUCAGCCCUCUGCAAACCCUGCCGGUUUGCCAUCCGGGGUCACAAAUCCAAAAGGGGAAACCCCUGCCUCUUUCCCUCUGGUGAGUUUGUAUCUUUUGCUUAAUACAAAAAUGAAUUUGAUUUCAAUUGAUAUUGUAGUUAAUUGAGUUUGACUAUUUUGUAGAAUACACAAAUUGAUAUUUCAACUCUCGAAGGUGGAUUUUUUGCAUUGCACGAUUAGACAAUGAAAGGUAGCAUGUAGA